UGAGAGGCAGGGGGGUGGAGGAAGCGGAGCUCUGAGGGACGGAGGAGAGGAUGGAGGACAGUUAGUAGGACAGGCAUUCCCUGAGCAGCGGGGAGAGAAAGAGACGGAAAGUAAAGGCAGAAAGAGCUGAACGGGAUUUCAGAAGGCAACCGUAGGUGAGAAGGAGCGAAAGGGAAGUAAGAGAGAAACACAAGCGACAAUUGACCCAUCACCAUGACAACAGAAGCGGGCUCUGAGACAGAGGUGAAGGAGAAAGCAGAGGAGUCAGCUGCUCAGCCGGACCAAUCGGAGACGGCCAAGGAAGAGAGCCAGGAAAUAGCAAACGUUGAGGGAGAGGAGAAGGAAAAGGGGAAAGAGAAGGAAAAAGAGGGCAAAGAAGGCAAAGGGAUAACUCGAUACUUGCCAACAUGGUUUAAGAAGCAGAAAUCUCAAAGCCAGACAUCUCCAACAAAGGAGGUCCCAGCAACAGAGGAACCCGUCAACAAGGGGGUAGAGGGAGAGGAGGAGCCUGCCCCGGAGGUGAACGGCCACGCCGAGGAAGUGGAAGAGAAAGAGGAAGUGAAGUCAGAGGAAGUCAAGGAAGCAACACAGCCUGAAUCUAAUUCCAACGUCAGUGCAGACACUGAGCCGCUGGCAAAGGAAGAGAAGGUGGAAGACACCACUUCAAAAAGUCCGGAGAAAACCAAAGAGACUGCAGACGGAGAAGGAGCAGAGGAGGAGGAGAAGAAGAAGGAGCCAGAAGGACACGUAGAGGCUGAAACAGACGGAGGAGAAAGCCAGACUUCGAUUUUCCAGUCUCCUCUUCGCCUGGUGAGGAAGAAUAAAAUGAAGGUGGUGGUGUGUCACGUUACCGUCCUGGAUGGGACUGACUUCACCUGCGAGGUGGAGCAGAAACGAGCUAAGGGGCAGUACUUGUUCUUCAAGGUGUGUGAGCACCUAAAUCUGUUGGAGAAGGACUACUUUGGCCUGAUGUACAAGGACAACCAUGAUGAGAAGUGUUGGUUGGACCCCACAAAGGAGAUUAAGAGACAAAUUCGCAGUAACAACUGGCAGUUUGCAUUCGGUGUCAAGUUUUACCCUCCUGACCCAUCACAGCUUACUGAGGACAUCACAAGGUACCUUUUGUGUCUGCAGCUGCGGGAGGAUGUUGCUUCUGGACGGCUGCCUUGCUCAUUCGUCACUCACGCUCUGCUGGGGUCAUACACAUUGCAGGCCGAAUUAGGCGACCAUGAACCCGACCAACCUCGCCCUUUGGACUUCAUCAGUCAGCUGACGUUUGCGCCCAAUCAGAACAAAGAGAUGGAGGAGAAGAUUCUUGAACUCCACAAAUCCCACAGGGGAAUGACACCAGCACAGGCAGACCUCCAGUUUCUAGAAAAUGCCAAGAAGCUCUCCAUGUACGGAGUGGAUCUGCACCACGCCAAGGAUUCAGAAGCAGUGGACAUCAUGCUGGGUGUGUGCGCCAACGGACUCUUGGUGUACAAAGACAGGCUUCGGAUAAAUCGAUUCGCUUGGCCCAAAAUACUCAAGAUAUCGUACAAGAGGAACAACUUCUAUAUCAAGAUCAGACCAGGAGAGACGGAGCAGUUUGAGAGCACCGUGGGAUUCAAGCUCCAGAAUCAUCGAUCUGCUAAAAGGCUGUGGAAGGUCUGCGUAGAAAACCACAGCUUCUUCAGGUUAAACGCGCCGGAGCCUCCUACCAAGGCCCGCUUUCUGACGCUGGGAUCCAAGUUCCGCUACAGCGGGCGAACGCAGGCCCAGACCCGGCUGGCCAGUUCCCUCAUAGACCGACCCGCACCCAGCUUCGAACGCACCUCCUCUAAACGCAUCAGCCGCAGCCUGGACGGAGCACCGGUGAUCAGCAUAACUGAGGCUGGAAGUGAGACAGCGGAGAACGGACGGGAUCACCGUCUAGAGCUCCACUCUGACUCCAAGGCUGAGGAGGUGGACUUGAGCCCUGCCGAUGUGGAAGCCAUCCCCUCCCAGCAACAGUCACCUGGACGUGCUGAGCCUGCCUCCUCUCAGGACCUCAAUAAGACCCAAGACGAGGUUCUGAAACACCAGGCUAGCAUUAGCCAGCUCAAGCGCUCCUUUAUGGAGGCGCCUCCUCCCUCUCCUCCCCAGCCCAACCAGUGGGAGAAACGUCUCACCUCCUCUCCUGCUACGAUACGCGUCCAGCAGCAACAAGUGAGCCUCGAAGACGAAAUAGCUUCGGUGCUUCUUGGCAGACGCACUGCUGCUGAAUUUUACUCAGCAGGCGCUCCGCCUCUCUGCAGUGUGCCAGAACCACCACUAGAUGCUGCUGUGACCACAUGUUCAGCUGCUGCUGCUCCCACUGCUGUCUGCAGUUCAUCUUUGUCUCAUCCUGUUUCUGCACUCUCUGCCACUGAGGUCAGUGUGCCGCAAACCGAAGCAGCUUCAGCUGAUAACACGAGCUCUGAAACCAAAGAACCUGCAAAGACCACCGAAGUUGAAAUCGAGGAAACUGUUGUCAUCCAAGAAGUUUCCAGAGCGCCCAAACCUGUGGUCGUCACGGUUACGGCUGACCCCCCUGCCGCCUCGCCCGCUGAGCACGAACCUCAGGACCAGAAAGUGAAGGUCGAAGAGGAAGCAGUGGUGGUGGAGGAAGUAAGCCCCGCCAAGCCGGAGAAGGCGUCCUCUGACAGCGAGAGUGAGGAGGAAGCAGAGUACCAUCCAAACGUUCCUGCAUCCAUCUCUCAAUCACAAAUACCAGAGGGGAAGGAAGAAGAAGAGCAGAUGAAGGAGGAGGAAGAGGAGCAGAAGCAAGCGUCUGCUCCGGUUGUUCCAUCUCUUCCAGUGGAGGUCAGCCAGCCUGCAGAAGAAAUGAGUCAAGAAGAAGAAGAAUCUAAGAAGGAGGAGAUGCAGGUUGAGGAGAAGAAAGACGAUCAGGAGGAGAAAGAAAGCGGACGGGAGACGGAGGACAGCACAGAUGAUCCGAUGGUGACCCCCGAAGAGGAGCCGGAGGGCCUCAUGCUGCCCGAGGAGAGUGCAGAGGCCGCCCCCACCGAGGAGCCCGAGCAGCCUAAAAUGAACGGAGAAGCCUCGCUGGUGGAAGUGGAUCCCCGGCCGCAGGUUAUUUGUUGCUCUGAGCCGCCUGUGGUAAAAACAGAAAUGGUGACUAUAUCAGACACGUUUGCUGCCCAGAAAACUGAGAUAGCCACAAAAGAAGUGCCCAUCGUGCACACGGAAACCAAGACCAUCACAUACGAGGCCGCACAGUUGGAUGGUAAUGGUGAUGGUGAACCCGGAGUGUUGAUGACUGCUCAGACAAUCACCUCUGAGUCUUUGUGCACCACCACCACCACGCACAUUACCAAGACAUUAAAAGGCGGGCUCUCGGAGACGAGGAUUGAGAAGCGCAUCGUAAUCACCGGCGACUGCGACAUCGACCACGACCAGGCACUGGCACAGGCCAUUAAGGAGGCCAAAGAGCAACAUCCUGACAUGUCUGUUACCAGAGUGGUUGUUCAUAAAGAAACUGAACUGGCUGAGGAGGAGGAUUGACUGAACUCAGAACUGAAAGACCAGCAGUGACCCUUACCUCUUCUGACAACAUCUUCAUCACUUUACAACAACCAAGCUGCACUGCCAAAGGGAGAGAGGAAGAGGGGGAGCUCAAGAAUAGGAGGAAGAAGAGGUUCAAUCCGGGGGAGAGGGGAUUGAAGAUGUCACUCUCAUCCCAGAUGGUCUUUCAGACAUUUGUUUUGGUGCAUUUCAGUUUCUCGUUGCAAAAAAGAGAAAAAAAACUAUCCUCUCUCUCUCUCUGAGGGAACAAAAAGAACCACUUUGUUAGCUUAACGUUUGUAGCUUCUAUUCUUUUAUAUUAGUGCGUUUUCUUUACCUGGUUUAUAAAAAAAGAGAGAGAGACUAUAGUGUUUGUUGCGUGUUGCGAAUAUCAAAUUAGGCUUCUGCUGAUCUCCAACACGCCUGACAUUCAAGAAUACUUCAUCUAUGUCUCUAUUAUUACAUCAGCAAAACUCUAAAAUGUCCCAAAAUUACGUUAGCAUAAAACGAAGCCAAUGGCUUCAGACUGAAAUAGCCUCAAUCCAGGUCCUUUUGCUCUAAAGAGAGAGGUUAUUUUUUAGUGAAUUCCUUUGAAAAUGAGUUUCAGUAAAUUACAGCUCCUAUUUUCCUUUAAAAAGGUGUAAAUGCAAAGAAAAAUAUUUAACUCAUUAAUGCGGUUUGAAGAACAUAGAAAUAAAUCAUUUUUUAAUUUUUUACCUUAUAAAACAAUCAACGCAAGCUAUUUCACAUUAAUGCUUUUUUAUUAUUAUUAUUAUUAAUCACACAAUGGCGGGAGCUGUAAUUUACACAUUGCAGUAAAUCAUCCAGGUUUUUGGAUUUUUUUUAUUUUAUUAUUUUGAUGUUGUAAAUGUAGCUUAUUCAUCCACAUUCCUUGUGUCGUUGCCAGCUGCUCAGUAACUUUAUCUUCAGUUCAGCUCUCGUUUCAUUUCACCGACACAAGGUGACGUUUUAUCACUCAUGUUUGCCGUGAAAUUACAUAAGCUUCAAAAGCAGAAUGUGAUGAAUUUCACAAAUCGACAAUGAGAUGAAGUUGAACUGAAAAUUAGCAGAUUUCAACGCUGGUCGAUGCAUCUCUUGUACGGAAAAGAAGAUGGAAGAAAAAUGAAGGUUAUUAAAAAAAUAAUAAUAAUAAGAGCAGCUUUUCAGUAGCUUAGCGCCUCGUUGGGUUCAUCUACUGUGCAACACUAACCAUUCCUGCUGGGCCCCAGGGGAACAUGGGAGAUUAAACUGACAUUUUAAUGGGAGAGACGACUGGUAAACUGGACAAUUAUUGGGAGAGUGCUAACCGAUACCUCGGGAGUGAAAACCAAUUGAAGCGGUGAUACAAGUUGGGCUUACUCUGUGCCGGUUCCAGCGCGGAGACGCUUUAUUUUCAGAGAAUAUCUCCAUGCAAAAUUUCAUUUUGUUUAAAUUAUUCAAAGCGAGCCGCGGAGCAGCGAAGGUACCAAAACGAAGACGACUUGAAACCAGUUCUGUCCCAGAUUCAAACUAGUGCAACUUUUACACGUUCGCUGUAACUACAAACCUGCUUAUUGUCGUAGUUCUUCACUGUUCACGCCCCGGCUGCUUUACAUAUCCUUUUCAUAUCCUGCUACACGUAACACUAAGAAAAAAGCCUGUUAAAAGACGAUAAAGCAUAUGGGAUUGAAUCACGCCUGCUUCACCCUUUCUUUUCUGUCAACUUCAGCCAGCUUAGAACAGGCUGACUGGUGUCUGUGACUGGUUUAGGUUUAGAUUAUCUCAACUGAAAUAAUCUGACUUCAUCAUGCUGCUGGAUGUGUUGUAGCUGGUUUAGUGCAACCAAUCGUUCUGCUCUAAUCAAGCGUGUUUUCGAGCGGUUCCCAUUGCACAAAAUACUAGAGGGGUAAAACAGUCGGUACAGCAUCAUAACGCAGCUUAAAGAGGGAGGAAGUUACAGGGCCUGAAGUGCUCUUUAAACCCACAAUAAAUUUCUAUGUUGUCUUUUUCAAAUUUUUGUAGAAUGACACCAAAUUACACCGUUUUUAUUCUGAGAACCUUGAAGAAAAGGCUUUGUUGUUCAAACGGACUCCUCUGAGAAAACAUGUUCCACUUCUCUUUAAUUGGACCUUUUUAAAACGAUGUUUCAAGUAAUACAGCUUUUUAUAAACAUCCAGUCUGGAAAGCGUAACAUGCCCAGUGGACUGCGAGGCUAAAGAAAGGAAAAACAAAAAACAACAACUUUCUGAACACAGGUCUUACUUCAACUAUGCAGCUAAAUAACAUUCCACGUGGGGAGGGAGCUUUGACUUCUAAUCCUCUUGCAAAACAGAAGGAAAAAAAUAAAUGUGAAAAAAAAAAAUCAAAACACUCAUCUCUAGGCAGCUUUGGAAGUGGCCGCUGCUCCACAUAGGAAAAUCUCAUUAAAUAAAUCUGUAAUGCCACAUCAGCUGAAUCUAUAGAGUCUUCUCAUGGUUCGUCUUUUCUCUGUGAAACUGGUCUAGUAGUUGGGAGGGUGGGGUCUGUCGCUCCACCUUCCUGCUUAUUUGUAAUAUUGUCGCUGUGUAUUUUGUUGGUGAAGAACAACCACUACAGAUCAACUUGUUUUGCCACCUUUUCUCUGCUUCUGGUUCGGGGCUUUUCUCUUUGAACCCACCGCAGGAGGUUUAGGGGGAGGCGAGGUUGACUUUUCCAAAAAUGUUUGUGGCUUUAAUAA